CCUCUGAUUCUCGAUUUCCAUUUCCAUUUCCGGUAGGUCGGAGCUCGGUUGAGGUUCACACACCGCGUAGCCAUGGCCGCCACCACCGCCACGCUGCCCCAGGCUUACGGGCCUCACCUCCCGGCACUGCCCGACUGGCUCAACAACGGCGACAACGCGUGGCAGAUGACGGCAGCGACCCUCGUCGGCAUCCAGAGCAUGCCGGGCCUCGUGAUCCUCUACGCGAGCAUCGUCAAGAAGAAGUGGGCCGUCAACUCGGCCUUCAUGGCCCUCUACGCCUUCGCGGCGGUCCUCAUCCUCUGGGUCCUCGUCGGGUACCGUUUGGCCUUCGGGGACCGCCUCCUCCCCAUGUGGGGCAGGGCGGCGCCCGCCCUCGGCCAGAAGUACCUCGUCCGCCGGGCCAGGUUGCCGUCGAGCGCACGCUACAGGGACGACGGCUUGCUGGAGACACCGGCCCACGAGCCGUUCUACCCCAUGGCCACGCUCGUCUACUUCCAGUUCCAGUUCGCGGCCAUCACCAUGAUCUUGCUCGCCGGCUCGGUCCUCGGCCGGAUGAACAUAAGGGCGUGGAUGGCCUUUGUGCCGCUCUGGCUGAUUUUCUCUUACACCGUCGGCGCAUUCAGUCUAUGGGGCGGCGGUUUUCUCUACCAAUGGGGCGUCAUCGACUACUCCGGCGGCUACGUCAUCCACCUCUCGUCCGGUAUCGCCGGGUUCACCGCGGCUUAUUGGGUCGGACCGAGGCUGAAGAGCGACCGGGAGCGGUUCUCUCCGAACAACGUCCUGCUCAUGCUGGCCGGGGCUGGCCUGCUGUGGAUGGGUUGGUCCGGGUUCAACGGCGGGGCCCCGUACGCGGCGAACAUCGACGCGUCCGUCGCCAUCCUCAACACCAACAUAUGCGCGGCCACGAGCCUCUUGAUUUGGACGUCGCUCGACGUCACCUUCUUCGGGAAGCCGUCGGUGAUCGGGGCGGUCCAAGGGAUGAUGACGGGUCUGGCUUGCAUCACGCCCGGAGCAGGGGUUGUGGAAUCGUGGGCGGCUAUUGUAAUGGGGAUACUUUCCGGGAGCAUUCCGUGGUUCUCUAUGAUGAUACUCCACAAGAAAUCUAGUCUUUUCCAAAAGGUCGACGACACUCUAGGCGUGUUCCACACGCACGCCGUUGCCGGAUUGCUGGGAGGGCUUCUCACCGGGCUUCUGGCCGAGCCGGGGCUCUGCAAUCUCGUAUUGCCGAUCCCCAACCUGAGGGGCGCAUUCUAUGGCGGCUCGGGCAGGGUCCAGUUCUUGAAGCAGAUCGUCGCGGCCUUAUUCGUGAUCGGGUGGAACAUACUCUCCACAACCAUCAUUUGUCUCGGCAUUAAGCUGGUCAUGCCGUUAAGAAUGCCUGACGAGCAGCUCAUCAUAGGCGACGACGCGGUCCACGGGGAGGAGGCCUACGCUCUUUGGGGCGACGGAGAGAAGUACGAACCCACCAGACACGGUUGGAACAGUUCGUCAUCUCAUCCGGAGGAGAUCAUGGCGCCGUCGCCCUAUAUAAAUGGCUCUAGCGGCGUAACCAUUAAUCUGUGAGCCGAUGUACUCAUGGAGGACGGAUGGAGGGUAUACAAAUGUUUUGGUGGUGCGAGAAUUCGAGGUUAGUCACGAAAGUUGCUG